ACUUAGAGAAAAGAUGCGAACAUACCUGUAGAUGUUAAAAAACAUAAUUUCAAAAAUGUGAUUUUUUUUCCUUUUUUUUCGUUUUAAGGAGCCGUGUCCCCCCUUAAAUCAAUGCUUGAUUUCUGCUGUUUGGACCACUUGACCAUAGUCCACUGCGCUGCCCCAAAGCUCCCUUGUGAUGUGCUUUAUACGAAAAUUACAGCAGCCCAUUUUUUUCGUAUUAGCUGCUGCAUUGUCGCACCAUGCUUGGCAGAGCUUUACUUUUUAUAUUUUCGUGGGCAAAGGGCACUGAGCGCUGGCAUCUCCCAAGGAAAUAUUUGCUUGUGUUUCAGGUGCCCAGCUGCGGAUCAUCCACCUGCUAGUGGAACUCCGCCACCAGAACCGUGAGAUGCAGCAGGAGACUAUGCAGCUGAGGCUGGAUGUCCAGCAGCUGUCGGACCAAAUAGCAGCUCUAGAGCUGCCAACGGGGCAAGCUGUACCGAUCCCGACGGCUGCGAUUCUUUCACGGGAACUUCCGAGGCUGCCAGCCAGCACCCUGGAGGAGCUGGAAGCAGCGGAGGCAGCCAUCCACGACGAGGCUGUAGCCACAGUAUUGAAGGAGCAGCUUCUCAGAAUUGGAGGGAGAACACUGCUGGAAACGACAGCAAACAUCAUGAAAGAUGCCAUCUGCGAGAAGCAGGCCGUGGAUAGGACGACGGCUCUGGCGGUCAUCGGCAAGUGGCUGCCCGGGUCUGUGGACCGGGGCGGUGGAAGGAAAAGGAGAUUUGCGGCAAUGAUUGCCGAACCCUCCCUCAGCAGGGAUAAGAGAAGAAAACGACUGCAUAUGCAAACUGGCAUCUACAUAAAACCUUCCGAAAAAUUUCUGAAAAAUGGCUCUAAGGCCUGCUAUGUCCCAUUCAAUGCCUUGCUCCAAAAUCUUGUCAAGCUCCCUGUGACGGCCAAGUACCUGCAGCAGCCUUGCUUCCCGCUCUAG